ACAAAGUUAAAAGUAAAGUUCCUCCAAACAUUGUAAUUGAUCAACUGCGUGAUGAGUUUGAUUAUACUAUUCAAAAGAAAAAUCUUGUGACUCGAAAAGAUGUACAUAAUAUUUCCUCAAAGUUUGGAUUACUCCACAAGUACAAACUUCAUGAUAUUGAUGCCUUAAGUGUUGAUCUUCAGGUGAAACGAUUUUUUGAAAAUUCUUCAAAUCCCAUAAUUAUGUAUAAAACACAAGGAACAGAGCAUUUUCCAUUAGAUCUCAAUGACUUUAUGCUGAUAAUAAUGACUGAAACACAAAUCGAAGUUCUUAAAAAAUUUAGUAGUGGAAAACUGUGUAUUGAUUCCACUCACGGCACCAAUCAAUAUAAUUUUAACCUAACAACAAUUGUAGUAAUUGAUGAAUUUGGCGAAGGAUAUCCAGCUGCGUUUUGUGUAAGUACAAAAAUUGAUGAGGUCCACAUGAGUGUUUUUUUUUCAAAAAUUAAGGAAGUGGUUGGUUGUCUUGCACCAAGUGUAUUUAUGAGUGACGACGCUCCAGCAUUUUGGAAUGCAUGGACAAAGACUAUGUCCCCUACUCCAAAAUUCCAUUUAUUAUGUAAAUGGCAUAUUGAUAAUAACUGGCGAAAGAAUUUAAAGAAGAUUGCUGGGACACAAACGGUCAAAGCUUACAUUUAUAAAACUUUACGUGUUUUACUGGAGGAACCUGAUGUAACACAGUUUGAACAUCUUCUGAACUUGUUUCUUGGAAAAUUAGAAGAGGAACAAGCUUUACAUAGUUUUAAAGCAUAUUUUGUGAGUCAUUAUGUACAUCGAAAACAGUUAUGGGCUGCAUGUUACAGACAAGAAGCUAUGCUUAACACUAAUAUGGUAUUAGAGGCAUUCCAUAAGACAUUGAAAUAUGUAUAUUUAAAGGGGAAAAAAAAUCAACGUCUUGAUAUACUUCUCUGGAAUUUGCUAAAAACUGUGAGGGACAAGAAUUUUGAGCGUCUUGUCAAGUUGUGCAACGGUGGAAAAGUAACACAUUAUGUUAAUGCCAUUAACAGUCGUCAUCGAUCUGCAGUUCAAAUACAUAAUUCUAAUAUUAAUAAAACGUCAGAUAUUACUUGGACUGUGGUAUCUGAAACGUUAAAUCAAACAUAUUUAGUUAAAAAACGCGAAUCAUGUGAAUGUAAAAUUAUUUGUGUUGCAUGUAAAGUUUGUGUACAUCUAUUCUCAUGCACAUGUUACGACUACACAAUAAAAAAUAAUAUGUGUAAACAUAUUCAUGCUGUGAAAAUUAAUAUGUUAGAUGACAAUGAUAUAAACACCAAAAACAAUUAUACUAACCCAAUGGAUACAGAUGAAAUUUGUAUGAAAAUGUCUGAUAUGCAUCAAACUAUUGCUCCAUCUGCAGUUAGCAUUGCAAACAAAAUUCAACAAUUUCAUAGCAUGUUUGUGUCACAAUCAGGUAAAUUAAAUUGUGAACAGCUACAUAAAAUUAAUUUAUCCUUAGACUCAAAUUUGAAAAUGCUGUAUGAACAAGAAUCGAAUGUUCCUGUUUCAUUAAAUGAAAAUGUAAGUCAAGAACCAGCCAAUAAAAAUGUUCAAAAACAGUUGCGAUUAUUUUCAACUAAAAAACUACGUUUAAAAAUACCAGAAGAACAACGAUUAAAUAAACCAACAUUAAAC